GUGGUGGUGCGCCGGUGGUUCGACUCGACCGAGAGACCGAGGACAGGUAGUUCCUCCGCGAUAAACGAGUGAUGUCAAUGCGAGGACGAGCCGGUCCUCGUAACGCUCAACGUAAUGACUCUAACAGAUGGUACAUCUAAAAUCCAAAUAGCACCACGAUGGGAGGAGGAAGAUCGAAUCCUGGCGGUGCAAGGUCGCGCCGGCGAGGAUAUCGUCGUUCAAUUGAAACUGAGAUCUACGGACGAUACGGACGAUUUGCAACUGGAGUUAAUCCGCGGCGAUCGACCGAUGCCACCGAAUCGGUAUAAGCUGCAAAUGAGAGGCAAUAUCGUGCAACUAACGUUGAAACAGUCGCAAAAGGAUGACACUGGCCAAUAUGCUUUGGUAGCGACGAGAAUCGGACAACCCUUUGAGAAAGGAUCAACCCGGAGAAUUCAUCUGCGCGUUGACGAGCCCAGUUACGAGGAAGGCGAACCACCGAUUUUUCUUCGAAGAUUGACGGACCUCGCGGUCAAAGUUGGCACCAGAACGAGAUUCCUCGUAGAAAUUCGAAGCUCGACGAAUCCGAAGGUAACUUGGCACAGAAACGAUCUACCUAUUCAAGCUGGAUCGAGAUUUUCCUUUGUACACGAGGGUAACUUUUACUGCGUCGAUGUUGCACCGGUAAAAGUCGAAGAUCAAGGUAAUUGGACUUGCAUGGCGGAAAAUCAAAGUGGCAGAUCAUCGUGCACGUCGCAUCUCAGCGUCAUUGUGCCGAAAGCCUACAAGAGGCCAGAAUUCGUGGAAGAACUUCGGGCUCUGUUAACGGAAACGGGAACCGUAUCGCUGGAAUGCAAAGUCGUUGGCGUACCAACCCCGGUAUUGAGAUGGUUCAAAGACAACAAGGAGAUCAAGGCCGGCGAUGUUUUCGCUUUAACGGCAAACCCUGACGAUCCUACUUCAUUGGGAAUUUACACCUGCGAGGCUGACAAUUGCAUGGGCACGGCAUAUUCCUCUUCAAAGGUACACGUCGUUGGUAAAGGUAGCCGAGAGGGUUCGUUAAAGCCAGCGGACACGUUAACGAGUACAGGUCCUCCGCCGGUAUUCAAACGAAUACUUCGGGACGAAUGUUGUAGAAUCGGCGAUUCCGUAACACUCUCCUGUCAAGUUCACGUACCGCCAUGGCCAAAAUCGAUAACGUGGUACAAUCAAGAAGGUCGCAUAGAACCAAACGAAAAGUAUCACGUGAUGGAGGACGGUCUGGGUGGUUAUUCGAUAGAAGUGAAAUUGAUCGAAGCCAUGGACGAGGGCGAAUGGAAGUGCGUCGCAACGAGCGCAGAAAAUGUUAAACAAUUUACGACGUGUCAUGUCGCUGUGAUCAUUCCAAAGAACUACAGGAAACCGCGUUUCAUGGAAAGCUUGAAGGCGGUUCUUACGGAGGAAGGAUUGGUGUCCUUCGAAUGCAAGGUCGUGGGUUUUCCAACUCCCUUGUUGAGGUGGUUCAAGGACGGACAGGAAUUAAAACCAGGAGACGUUUACCAAUUAACAGGGACCAACUCUUUAGGUUCUUAUUGCUGCAUCGCAAGGAAUUGCAUGGGCGAGGCAAAGAGUACCGCGGAGUUGACGAUCGAAGACAUUCAAAAUCAGCUGAACGAGGAAGAACGUCUUCAACUUUUGACUUCCGAUAAGCCACCAAAGUUCGUCAGAGGUUUAAGGAGUUGCGAGGCAAAGAUCAACGAAGAAUUAUUUCGAUUUACGGUGCAGGUGAGCAUUUCGCCGGAACCAAUUCUAUCGUGGUACAGAGACGACGUGGAGGUGAUCGAAGGUGACAAAUUCCGUACUAUUAAGGAGAAUCUUGGCACGUGCCAUCUCGAAGUUCGCCAACUUGAAAUUUCCGAUCAAGCCGAAUGGAAAUGCGUGGCUGCCAACGAUUAUGGGCACAGCGUUACUUCCUGUUUUCUGAAAUUAAUCAUUCCUAAGCAUUACAAAAAGCCCAAAUUCUUGGAAAGUUUGCGGGCAAUACUGUCCGAAGAGGGCGCCGUUAAUUUGGAGUGCAAAGUGAUCGGCGUGCCCCAACCGAUUCUAAAGUGGUACAAAGAUGGCAUGGAAUUGAAGCCAGGCGAUAUACAUAGAAUAAUUACGGGCCAGGAUGGCACCUGCUGUCUGGGUACUUACACGUGCGAAGCUAUCAAUUGUAUGGGUAAAGUCAGCAGUUCUGCCUCCCUUUUAGGUUUCGAAGACAAAAUCAGUGCUCGGAAGGAUACGAAGGAAGACGUGCAAUUGUCGGCGAACGGUCACGAACUGGCAAGAAAUUUGUCACUCUCGACGAUUCACGAAGAGAGGACGUCUCAAUUGUACGAUACCCCGCAAACCGAUCGUUCCAUCACUUUCGACGACAGAGGCGAAGUUUCUUUCAGUUUCGACGGUAAAGAGGUCUCGGUGAGCCUUUACGAAACUCCCGAUCUUACGGAGGAAGAAGCCCUCCAGAUCGUCGAGAUGUAUGCCGAUCAAUUGUCCGAGCACGUCACGGAGCACAACGUUAUCGAAUUGCCACCAAUGAGAUUCGUUAAGGAGAGCUCGACCUCCGGUAAUCUUUUAAUGGAGGCUGUAGUGAUCGACGUUUCACCGGAUUAUUUCGUCAGCGCCGAGGAUGGCGACGAUCUAAGGACGGAAGCGGAUUUCGAGGAUGUCUCGAUCAUGGACGAUCAGACUCGGGUCUUUUCUUCUCCGGACGAGGAAUCUUUGUCGUUGAAGAGAUCGGCCAGAUAUACCUGGGAAGGCGAAGAGAAGCCGCCGAUGAGACCGCCAAGAAAGAAAUCUACGAGCCGGUCCUCGUCUAAAAGCGAAGAGAAGAGCGAGGAGAGAAGUCAGAGAUACGAAUCGGAGAGUUUUCACAGCGCACGAAAAGACGACGAUCGACCGAUAUCACCGCUCUCCUCGGAAAGAUUGGACGACAGCGAUCACAGUACCACCUUCGCCGACGCCCUGUCGUCCGCGCGACUUUCUAUUUCCGAACAAAAUAAACAAAAUAAAUCAGCGAUUCGAGAAAACGAGGAGAUCAUUGGCGGCGAUAAAACGCCUUUCAGCAGUGACGAUCUCGAGGCAAAGGAGAAGAGGCAUUCGCUAAAGAGAAAAGUAAAGAAGGAAAAAAGUAUGUCGGAAGAGUCCGCGUCAUCGAUUAUGGCCGAUCUCGACGGUGGCAAGGAGGGCGAGGGGGAGCAGAAGAAGAAGAGGAAGAAGAAGAAGAGGAAGGAGGAGGAGGAGGAGGAGGAGAAGGUAUUGGAUAAAAAGGAUGAAGUUUGUCGGCGUAUCGAAUCGAUCGAGGAUUCGUUUGGCAAGAUAAACGACACCGAAAAAGUCUCAACGAUAGAAUCCGAGGACAAGUCGCUGUCGAAAAACAAUAAAGAACGUAUUUUAAAUAAAAUUAAAAGAUUGACAGAACCCGUCCUCGCGAUUCGCGAUUCUUUAGUCGACAUAGAUCGUUACGAUAAAUUUUUAGAGCUCGAAAGCGAGGAACGAUCGAGAGACGUCGUUUCGGAGGGAAUCGUAAAGCCAAUUCAGACCCUUUGCGAGGAAGUAUCUUCGAUAGAAGCUAAAGCUUUGAAAAAUACGGAGGACAGGUCGUUGGAUCAAACGAUAAGGAUAUCUCUGUUGGAAGGUAUCGGUGGACCAACCGAAGAACUUCUUCGUGGAAUCGAAUUGAUAGAUCGUCAGCGAAGCUUCAAAGACCAAAGACAGGACGUAAUAGCGAUUCUAGAGUCCUUGACAGAUCCGGUCGACGAGAUUCUGAUGGGUCUCACCAAGAUCGAGUACGAAUUGACUGGCAAAGCGAAAGGCGAAAAACCGGUGUCUUUUCUUCGAAUGUCCCGUGCCGUUUCACGACUGGACGAAAGCUUGAAGAGCCUUUCCAAGGAGAAAAGAGAACCGGUCAAGUUGCUAUCGUUUUUAGAUAAGCUCGUAAACACGUUGAACUUAUUCUUGCAGGAUGUUUCGAUAAAUCCAAUGACGGGUACGAUAGAGACGGUGGAUACGGUCCUCGUAGAGUCUCUGUCGAGAUCCAUCGAGGAGACUGUCGGAGCGAUUAAUUGGACGGAAUCGAGCCUCGAACGACGUUCAAACGACGGAGUUUCUCGGCUAACCAAUCGGCUAUUGCAGCCUACUCAGGAAUUAAAGGCCAAGCUGGAUACGUUGACUGUCGCGUUAGAAACUUAUGAAAGUAAGGGUGACGUUAUUAUGGAACGUCGUGCCGACGUAAUAAUCUCUUUAAGAGAGUCCGUGAACGAUGCACUCGCGGAAAUUCUCGAUCUUCAAGAGAAAGUAAGGAUAGAAGAGAAAACAGAGGAAUACGAUGCGUUAAGAUCGGACAAUAGCUAUCUCGAAGAAAGCGAGUACGUAUUUGGGGAUGCGCGAUUGGCUCUUCGGGAAGCUCUUGAAAUUUACGAGACGAUAUCCGGCUCGUUGGAUCCUCGAUUCGCGGCCGUUUUCGAUGAAAUUAAGGGUACGUAUGAAAAGUUAUGUCUAAAGGGAAAGGAAGUAAAUGCCGUCGAAACGUUGCUCGGUAUGGAAGAACAAUUGAAUGUUCUGCGAGAUGCCUUAACGGACGCGUCGACCAUCAAAGAUUCGGCCAACGUCUUGAAACUUUUAGCUCCGUCCGUAAGUCGAUUGACCGUCGCCGCGAGAUCGCUAUUAAGUCUCUCGUCCGUCGUGCAACCGAUCCUAUCGAUAUGCUCGAAUAUCGACGACAUUGUUCAAGGACACGAUAUAAAUCGAGAAAGCGAAAAGACGCGAUCGUCGUCGGCUCGGGAGGCGGCAACGUUGUCGGAAAAACUUCUUGAUCCGUUGAUAGAGAUACAGACGUCUCUGAGCGCAGCCAUUCAGGACUUGGAGGAUAUCAGGUCGGCCGUAAACGGUGGCACCGUUCAAGAACGAAUACUCAUGACGCAUGAUUUUUCGUCGAUCUUGACAGAUCUAAGACAAUGUAUAUCCGAUGCGGCGCACGCGGCUAUGUCCUCGAAGGAAAGCGAAAUGUUUCAUAGUCUGGCGGACGUCAAGGAGCCACUGUUGGAUCUUCGAGUUAUGCUAGCGUCGAAGGACGAAAGCGCUUUGGCGGGAAUGGGCAUGUUGAAGGAAAGAUUAUCGACGUCGAUUGUAAGAUUGCAAGACGCUAUUACGAUGAUUUUAAUUGCUCCUUCGCCGUCGAACGUCACCGUCAAAUCGAUAAAAACGAAAGCGAAAAAUAUCUUGGAGAUAUUGAAGGGAAUUCAGGUGAUAAUACCGAAGGUGCCCGAGGAAAUCGCAAUGGGAACUAUUUACGAUCGCCAAUUGGAAGAUCUCAAUGUUGACGAAAAAUUGGGUAGCAUUAAUUAUUCUCUGACGUCGGUCCUCGAGAAGCAAAGAGAAAUCACGGUUUCGUCGUUAUUGGCCGAUUCCAUCGAGGCAUUGCGGGAGAAUGUCGCGGGUUCUGCCGUAGCAAUCGCUACCAUGGCAACACCAAAGGACAACGAGAAGAUAGCGAAGGAGGUGACGAGAUUGGGAAAGCCUUUGUUGAUUUUGCAACGGGCAUUGUUGACCGAAGAUCACAAGCCCGAGGAAGAAGUGAUAUUGAACGAUUUGAUAAGUCCCAUCGGUAGAUUGAAAAGACUGAUGGAAGAUAUCGCGAAGGCUGCCAAGUCGUCGAUAGAAAUUAUUCCCUUGUUAGAGCUGUUGGAGGAAAUAGAAAAAGACGUAACCUUAAUUGCCAAAGAAACUUCAAAGAGAAAGGGUAAAUCGACGAUAAGCCGCGAGGAUAAGGCAUCGUCGAGGUUACUGGCCGAUACCAUAAGUCGUUCGUUAGAUCCCAUAAGAGGUUGGCUGUCGUCUACGUCCUACGAGCAGGACAGUACAGAAGCGUCCGGUUUAAGCUCAUCGGUCGACGAACUUAAACGAGACGUUACGAGAAUCGCCAUAGAAACGUCUUAUUCGGAGCCACCGAGCGAUCGGAGCCUGAUCGAGGCGCUGGCCGAACUACGGGAACCUUUGUUGCGAUUGAAAAAUGCGAUCGCAAUGUACCACGAGCCUGAAGAUCUUUCUGCUCUGGAAACGUUGAGUCGACCAAUGAAGUACCUUUUGAAGACCGUAACGCGCGUUUUGGAGGAUCACGCGGCCGAGGAAUCGCUUCGUUUGAUUUUUGAUAUCGUCGAAGAGAUAGAGAAUCAGAUACCUAUUUCCAUCAAGGAAGCCCUUUAUAAAAGGGAGCUACGGCAGGUUGUCCAGACGUUGGAAGAUAAUAAUAACGAGGAGGAAACGUUGAACGUGACUCGGGAAACCGAUGGUAUCGUCGAGAUGGAAGAGUCGGCUAAUAAGGCUAGGACCGAGCCCGAUGAAGAGAAAAGUGAUCGAAGUGCGGCCUGGGAAGUGCGACCGAAGGACGACAUAAUUACGAAGAACUUUAUAUCUUCGCUAUCUAAGAUGCUUGAAAACGUUCAAUUGGAAGUUACCGGUAUUAUCGAGGAUUUGGAGGAGCCUACGACAGGAAUAAUGACGAUUCCGCAAACAAAAUUGAGCACUGCCCUUGAAGAAUUUUGCAAGAUGAUCUCGACGGUACGAAUGGCCUUGUCCGAUUACGAUGAACAAGGUCUUCCCAGGUGCGACGAGAUUGUUACGGGCGAACCACUUUCGAUGAUCAAUCAUUUAUUAAAACCUUUGAUUAUGAUCGAGGAAGCUCUUAAUACGUCCGAGGAAUUAGAUGUCGCGGAGCUUUCGAUUUUGAAUCGUCUUAAACGGCCAUUAGAAGACACAGAGUUAUAUAUUUUGCAACCAAGUAUGGAAAUAAGUGGUAACGAUCGUUCGAGGGAGAAGUUCGAGCAACUUAUUCGCGUAUUGGAAGAGACGAAAGCUAGGAUACCCAUUGCUAUGAAAGAAGUAAGCUCGAGGAAAGAGAUUUUGGGAUAUCUCCGGGACAUAUCGAAACCGCUGGAAAGUAUUCAGGAACAAAUGAGAGGCCUCGAAACGAUACCCGAGGAGACAUUGGAAAAAGACGUUGCGAAAAUUCUCGUAGAACCGAUAGAUUCGUUACUACGAGCCGUUAAUACGAGCUCCCACCAAACUCGAAUCCCCGAUCAACGUAAGGAGGUAAUAAAGGAGAUGAGCGGCAAGAUGACCGGCCCGUUGGUAGAGUUUCUCAGUUGUCUCUCGGUGGUUAAAAGUAGCCGAAAAAGUUUAGUUCCGGUGGCAGCGUUGCUCGAUGAAAGGAAAAACGUCAUUUUGAAAGCCCUCGAGGAACUUCGGCUCGAAAUAUGCGAUAUUCUUGAAAAAAUAAAAACCAUCGAGGACGAUGCCUUUUUCGAGGUAUCGUUGAUAUCGUUGAACGAUGCCAUUCUGUCCGUUCGAAGUCAGGUGGAAAGGGCAGAUUACGCGCCAAGACCGAGCACCACGAGCAUACAUUUUCAGAAUUGUUUCAUCGGAUCGUUGAAUCGAUUGGGAGAUACGAUCGAUGCUCUGGAGGAAGGAACGGAAAAAUCGCCUCAGGGGAUUAUCGCGAAAUCAUUGGAGCCUCUUAAGAAACAAAUAUCUUUGUCCCGAUCUCAAUUUUCUCAGACUUCCGAUCAGUACGUCGACGAAGAAGUCAUCGUCGAAGGAUUUUUAUAUCCGACGAAUCAGCUCCGAUCGGCGCUCGGUGCUCUGAAGGAGAGCAUAGAGAACGGCCUAAUGCCGCCAUUUACAAGCGCCUCCUUAGGAUUGCUUGAAAAUUUGGCCGAUUCGAUCGCCGAUCUGGCACGUUCAUUGUCCUCUCAUCGAGCGGACUUGAUCGGCGAGGGCGCGUCGGAAGGUUCCUCCAUCGUAGAGACUUUUUCCGCUGCCUUGGAGGUUUUAGAGAACGUUAAAACUUCCAUAAAGGGCAUACGCGAUAUGACGGUUGGUAGAAAAGAGACGGACCCGAUGAUAGAAUCGACGAUGGACAAGGAAUACGAGGAAGAAAUUGUCGGAACGACGAUUGCGGAAGCGGACGAGAGCGCGCCAGAGGGGGAAAGAAUUCCAGCGAAGACGGAAGAUCGGCCUGAGAAGGGCGAAGGGAAAAAGAGGGUAGGAGAUAAUAAGGUCAAAGAUAUCGAGAGAUCUAAGCAGGAGGAAGAUGUUGGAAACGAAUCGCAGUCGGGGACGGUAUCCCGUAUGAGUUUGCCUGACGAAGGAAUCGAGCGAGGAGCAAAAUCUCAGCAAUUACUUCAACCGGAGAAACAAGAAGAGACAAGUGGGAUUAAUGUCGACAAAAGCGUUAUUAAGGAGAACGAUGAAUCGGGGACAAAGUUGACGCUCGAAGAGCGGAUAGAUGAAAAGUUUGAAAAAGGACGCGACGGAGCGAUUACGGUAGAAGUAAAGGAUGAAAAUCGAUUGGCGGCAGGACCGAGGGAAGGGGAGAGUCAUGAAAUGAAAUUGGAACGAAAAACUAAAGAGAUAGUCGAAGCAGAUGAUUCCGGUGAAAUUCGGACGUUUGAGAAAGUUCCGAGCGAAGAGGCUAAAGAAAUUUCUUCGGAAAUAUCCGAGAAAUCGGUCGAACAUCGGUCGAAGAACGGACAAGAGUCAAUAUCGAAGAGUCCGAAACCGAAAACUGUCGUUGUCGACGAGAUCGUUCAAAUAACUAAAGAGGAAGUAGAAAGUGCAAUGAAGGUCGUUGAAGAAACUUUACCGGCCGGCUUGGAUACGCCCCGACGAGAUACGUCGAACGGAGAAAUGCCGACGAAGGAAUCGAUUUCUCGAAAUUCGAGCGAAUCACGAUCUUUAGGGGAAAAUGCGUUAACGCGAAAGGACGUUAAGCCGGACGAACGAACGAGUAACGUGAUAAACGCUGGCGCCGAAACGACGAAAGCUAUUGAACGUGUAGAAAAGGAAUUCGCAGAAAUGCCUGAGAGCGUACAAGUCGAUAGAAAUGCGGAAAUAAUCAAACGAAUAGUCACGACCAUGAGAACGCUAGAAACGCCGAUGAAAGAGUUGACCAAAUUUAUAAAUUCGGCGAAGAAGGAACCGCUGACCGUUAAGUCCGAGGAAGAAAAUAGAAAAAUACGAGAGUUAACGGCUUUGAUACAGAUACUGAAUGAUUUACGAGCGACGAGCGUUUCCAUACGUUGCUCGCCCGCAUUUUCCGCAUACUCCAACUCCGAAGAUCUAUUUUCAAAUAUAAUCAAUUCCGUGGAUACUAUGGAACGAGCUACGGCUAGUAUUCUUAUUUUGACGCAGGAACAUCUUGUACCCGAACUCAAAGAAAAAUCGCUCCUAGCCCUGAGAAAUCUCGCGAACCCUUUGGAGUCGAUAGAGAAAUCAUUUUCGGCGGUACUGCAAGUCGAAGGAAUAUCGAGAUUAACGACGGAGGAAAGGAAGGGAUUAUCAAUGGCAAUGGGGGAUCUCGUCGGGAUCAUUUCCAUUCUUAAAGAAACCGUUUGCUCUAUCGAUAACGAUGCGAAAUUGGUAACGAUCGCGAAACCGGCCGAAAUCGAAGGAGCAAACGAAACGGAACCAUCCGCGGAAAUGCUCUUUGGCAAUAUACAACCAAGUCCGAAGGAGGAGGAGGCCCAACGAAAUGAUGCCCCAACGAAGGAAGAGAUAAUACGCGAAACUGUAGAAACUCUGGAGAAAGUCAGAGAAGACGAAGAUGCUCGUACGCCAAUCGACGAGGUAGAAAAAUCGUCGACGCUUGCUACGAUCGUGACCGUGCAACGACCGGUGAUCGUCGAAGCGAAAGACGUAGGCAACGAAAGAACAAUGUUUCUAGAAGCUAAACAAGAUAUUCAGGAACAACGCGCAGCCGUUACGAUCGAGCAAAAAGAACCUCUCUCGAUCUCGAUCCAAAGUAUAUACGUUAAAUACAUCGAGAAUGUCAUCGGACCGAUCCAGGAAUUACGAGGAUCUCUUUCUCGAAUGAAGGAAGGACAAGUGGCGUUGUUGGUCCAUCCUUUGGAAGAGUUGGAAGAGUCACUGCGACAGUUGGAGACCACAAUUGCGCGGGAUGAAAGCGCAGAAGAAGGGCCGUCGCAACGAGCAAACGUCACAUCGGUUUUCGAGGAAUUAGAAAAAUCAAUAGCCACGAUCGAAGAAGGAAUAACGUGCGCCUCGAUCCCUUUGGAGAUUGCGAUCCCGGUGGAGUUAUCUCUGAAAAAAUUACAAACUUCAACUGCGACGUUGCGACAGCUCUUAGAUAGGAACGUCGAAUCGCAAAAAGUGAUCGAAGAGGAUCAAAGUCAUGUUCCGUCGAAAGAUAAUGAGGACGUCGAAUGUGCGAAAUACGUGCGGACGACGCCACCCGUUCAGGAGUUGCGAGAAGCAAUCAUGGAUUUAGCAAAGUCAGAGAUCGAAGAUACGGGUACUUUGGAGGAGACUGGAAUUGCAUUCGCAUUAACGAAAUGGAUCGAACCGUUGGAACAAUUGGAAAAUACAUUUUUCUCCAUUCUUGAUGAACGAUUAGACGUUCCGUUUAAAGAAUCAUCGUCCGUAACGACGACAUUAGAAGACUUGAAAACGUUCGUACAUUGUACCCAAGAAUGCCUUGCGAUCGGUCAGAAGAAAUUGUCUUCGAUCGAGGAUAGCAAAAGUCUCUCGUUAAUGCGAAAGGCUGUCGAAUCUCUGGAAGAUCUCGAAACGUACAUAGCGAUAGUUCGUCGUUCGUCGAUCGGCGUAAAAGAUGCCAACGAACGGCUUUCGUACAUCGAAAACGUCCCGAUCUCGGUUCUGCAAAAUUUGGCAAAGGCCGUAGAGGAAGUUAAGAGAGACUGUACCGUUAUAUUUCUCGAACCGAAAGUCUUAGUAGCGCUUGAUGCAGUAUCCGGUAAAACGACGCCGUUAAAGGAAAACGUAGCGAUGCUCGAGGAUGUUAUAACACCGGUUCGCCUUCUGCAAGAAUCUAUAGCAACGAUCGAACAAGGUAAAAUUUACGAAGCCGAGGAAUUAAAAGGCACGGAAGAGACGAAGCCCGUAAGUCUGUUGAGUACACUCGUCGAUCCGUUGCAACGAUUGGAAAAGAUAUUCGUUGCUGCUACGCAGAGAGAACGAGCGAUCAUUGAGGAAACGGCCGAUCUCCCGGAAAGCGAGGAAAGCGCGGAAAUAUUGUCCCUUUCACCGAUACUCGAAGAAAUGGACAAAAGUUUGGCGACUAUACAAGAGCAAGUAACGUUAGAAGGAGGAACAGAGAGCGCGCCUAAGAGCGAUGAAAAUAUAUCGCAGUUGGUGCGAACGAUGGCCAAGCCGUUGGUCGAAUUAAGGGCCUCCAUAGCGGCCAUACAGAAAGUUGAAGAGAUGGCGUCCGAGCACAAUUUGCACGAACUAUCGGAUAUGGAAAACCUAAAUGCGUUGGAGACAUUUGCGAAGUCCUUGUACGAAUUGGCAGAAAGAAUCGCCGUGAUUGAUGAACAACGAGCGAUCUUCGAGACUGCGGCCGACACGAUGUCCGAAGGUGCAUCUUCGUUGAAAACAUGGGCGGUCGUAGCGGAAGACGAGUCUCCUCCUGUGAAGGUAACGCGAGCGAUGACGAUAGACCAAGGCACCGUUGAAAGUCCCACCGAGGCUGUUUCUCCCUUUUCCGAGGAAGAGGACGCGAUCCUGAGGACUCUUGCGAAGCCGCUCGAGGAAUUGCGAGAAUUCUUGGCAUUGAUCGUCGAAGAACGAAGGACGACCGAGACGACGUCGCCUAUGAUCCCGAAAGAGGAUCCUACCUUGAUGAAGUCCAUCGCGAAGCCAUUGUUGGAACUGAGAAACGUCGCCGCUAUGAUAAUCGAGGAAAAACUGGCUAUUGAAUCGGCGAGAGAGAAAGCAUUCGGCGAAGAUGGAGGUCCGACGAUGUCGAUCGAUCCUCUCAUACAGCCUCUCGAAGAAGUUUGCAAUUCGAUCGCGAUCAUUCAGGAUCAAGUGCCCAUUGAAACCUUGCAGGAGGAACGUCCCUUUGAGAAUGAAUUGGCAUUGUUGAGUGUAUUGGCCGAACCUUUGCUCGAUCUUCAAAGGUGCAUUAUGGUCCUGGAAGAACGAGUUAUAUCGCCGGACGUUGAGCCCUUGCCUCAAGAAUUGUCUAAAGCCAACUGGACGACGAAGGAAUGCGUGGCGGUCGCGACGUUGCAAGAAAUGGAAAAGUCGAUAGGCGAAAUUUGUGAACGUGUCACCGCCAUUCAAGCGGACACGGUCAAAGUGAACGAACCGAGUAAAAUUACCACGCAGGACCGAAUUAUCAUUGAUAAGUUGAUAGAACCGGUCGAAGGUAUUAUAUCUAUGAUAUCGAACGUUCGAGAGGAAAUGAUGCCCCUUGAACGUCGGAUCGAAUAUCAAGCAUUGAAGACGCUCCUCGAGCCGCUCAAAGCCGUUUCCGUCAGCUUUUCUCUUCUACGAGACGAACCCAACAUAAAUAUCGGCCAAGAGGAAGCAAACAUCGAAGUAAUCGUCGAGUCUCUUUCAAAUUUGGAGAGAUGCAUCUCUAUCGUGGAGGAACAGGCGAUUGAUAAACCACUUGCCGAUCCAUUAUAUGGCUCGGAAGUUGAUAAAACCGUCAUAUGUGCCUUGAGAUUGCCGUUAGUCGAAUUAAAACGGUCCAUUUUAAAGGUGGAGGAUAGCCCGACCGAGUAUCUUCGAAACUUGGAAAAACCAUUAAUAAAUCUUCGUGCAACUUUAGAAACGAUAUCAACGGAUCAAGAAAAUCCAACGGAAGUUCAUCGGCAUACGUUACCAUCUAUAGAAAUGACAAAACUAUCGAUCAAGCUAAUAGACGCCAUCGUAGGUAUUAACGAGUCCGUUGAGAGCGUAGAGCAUAAGAUACGAGAUCAAAUUGGACGAGCUAAUAUCGACAGAAGCACUGAAUGCGAAAAAUUAAAAGUGUUCAACGAGACUCUUCAAGAUUUGAAAAAAUAUAUGGUGAAAAUACAAGAAGAAGGUAUGCUCGAAAAGGGACCGAUAAUGGCUUCUCUAAGUAAAAUCCAUGAAUCCAUUGCUUUCGUUAGAAAGCAGUAUCAAUCAGAUCCACAAUUUACAGAUAAUCGCGAGCAUCAGACGAUCCUUCAACCGUUAUCUCAACAUUUCGAUACGUUGAACGAUACUAUUACGUCCAUAAAAGGAAUGAAGAAAGAGGAUGUGACGAGCGAACAUUUAGAGACACUAGAAAAGCCCCUCCGUAAUCUGCAUAAUAGUAUCAACGAUUUGCGUGAUAAAUUAUUAUCCGGAGAAAUUCUUUGGAUGAUUGACCUUGGGAUAGAAUCGAGUCAGCAAAAUGACACGGACGAACAAAAAGACGAUAAAAUAAAAGAUACCGAAAGUGAGGAACAACCACGGGAAAAAGAGGAGCCGGAAGACAAUCUAAAAAAAGACGAAACUGAGAAAUGCGAACGUCAAAAGGAAGAACGUGAACAAAGGCAGGAAAUUGAGAAACAGAAGUGCGAGGAAGAAGAACGCGCGAACAAAGAAGAAACUGAGAAAGUGAAAGUCGCGGAAGAUGAGCGUAAAAGAAAAGAGGAGAACGAAAAACUGAAACUCGCGGAAGAGGAUGGUAAAAAGAGGGAAGAAGCUGAAAAACUGAAACUCCAAAAGGAGGAACUAUUAAAGAAAGAGGAAGCUGAGAAACGGAUACUUGAAGAAGAAGAACGUAAAAAGAAGGAAGAUGAUGAGAAACUACAACUCGAGGAAGAGGAACGUAAGAAAAAGGAGGAAGCUGACAAACUGAAACUCCAGGAAGUUGAACGUAAGAAGAAGGAGGAAGGUGAGGAACAGAAACUCCAAGAAGAGGAACGAUUAAAGAAAGAGGAAGCUGAGAAACUGAAACUUGAAGAAGAAGAACGUAAGAAGAACGAGGAGGCUGAAAAAUUGAAACUCCAGGAGGAGGAACGCAAGAAGAAGGAAGAAACUGAGAAACUGAAACUCGAGGAGGAGGAACGUAAGAAGAAAGAGGAGGCUGAGAAAUUGAAGCACGAGGAGGAGGAACGUAAGAAGAAGGAAGAAGCUGAGAAACUGAAACUCGAAGAAGAAGAACGUAAGAAAAAGGAAGAAGCAGAGAAACUGAAACUCGAAGAAGAAGAGCGUAAGAAGAAAGAGGAGACUGAGAAAUUGAAACUCGAUGAAGAAGACCGUAAAAAGAAAGAGGAAGCUGAGAAACUGAAACUCGAGGAGGAGGAACGUAAGAAGAAGGAGGAAGCUGAGAAACUGAAACUCGAGGAUGAGGAACGUAAAAAGAAAGAGGAAGCUGAGAAACUGAAACUCGAGGAGGAGGAACGUAAAAAGAAAGAGGAAGCUGAGAAACUGAAACUCGAGGAGGAGGAGGAGAAACGUAGAAAGAAGGAAGAAGCUGAGAAGCUAAAACUCGAAGAAGAAGAGCGUAAGAAAAAGGAAGAAGCUGAGAAACUGAAACUCGAAGAGGAAGAGAGUAAGAAGAAGGAGGAAGCUGAGAAGCAGAAACUCGAAGAAGAAGACCGUAAAAAGAAAGAGGAAGCUGAGAAAUUGAAACUCGAAGAAAAAGACCGUAUACAGAAAGAGGAAGCUGAGAAGCUGAAACUCGAAGAAGAAGAGCGUAAGAAAAAGGAAGAAGCUGAGAAACUGAAACUCGAAGAGGAAGAGAGUAAGAAGAAGGAGGAAGCUGAGAAGCAGAAACUCGAAGAAGAAGACCGUAAAAAGAAAGAGGAAGCUGAGAAAUUGAAACUCGAAGAAAAAGACCGUAAACAGAAAGAGGAAGCUGAGAAACUGAAACUCGAGAAGGAGGAGGAGAAACGUAGAAAGAAGGAAGAAGCUGAAAAACUGAAACUCGAGGAGGAGGAACGUAAAAAGAACGAGGAGGCUGAAAAAUUGAAACUCGAAGAAGAAGAGCGUAAAAAGAAGGAGGAAGCUGAGAAGCAGAAACUCGAGGAUGAGGAACGUAAGAAGGAGGAGGACGAAGCUGAGAAACUGAAACUCGAGGAGGAGGAACGUAAGAAGAAGGAGGAAGCUGAAAAACUGAAACUCGAGGAUGAGGAACGUAAAAAGAAAGAGGAAGCUGAGAAACUGAAACUUGAGGAGGAGGAACGUAAAAAGAACGAGGAGGCUGAAAAAUUGAAACUCGCAGAAGAAGAGCGUAAGAAGAAGGAGGAGGCUGAGAAGCUGAAACUCGAGGAUGAGGAACGUAAAAAGAAAGAGGAAGCUGAGAAACUGAAACUCGUGGAGGAGGAGGAGGAACGUAGAAAGAUGGAAGAAGCUGAGAAACUGAAACACGAGGAGGAGGAACGUAAAAAGAACGAAGAGGCUGAAAAAGUGAAACUCGAAGAAGAAGAGCGUAAAAAGAAGGAGGAAGCUGAGAAGCUGAAACUCGAGGAUGAGGAACGUAAGAAGAAGGAAGAAGCUGAAAAACUGAAACUCGAGGAAGAAGAGCGUAAAAAGAAGGAAGAAUCUGAGAAGCUGAAACUCGUAGAAGAAGAGCGUAAGAAGAAGGAAGAAGCUGAGAAGCUGAAACUCGAGGAAGAAGAGCGUAAAAAUAAGGAAGAAUCUGAAAAACUGAAACUCGUAAAAGAAGAGAGUAAGAAGAAGGAGGAAGCUGAGAAGCUGAAACUCGAGGAAGAGGAACGUAAGAAGAAGGAGGAAGCUGAGAAGCUGAAACUCGAGGAAGAGGAACGUAAGAAGAAGGAGGAAGUGGAGAAACUAAAACUCGAGGAGGAGGAACGUAGAAAGAAGGAAGAAGCUGAAAAACUGAAACUCGAGGAAGAGGAACGUAAGAAGAAGGAGAAAGCUGAGAAGCUGAAACUCGAAGAGGAAGAGCGUAAGAAGAAGGAGGAAGCUGAGAAACUGAAACUCGAGGAUGAGGAACGUAAGAAGAAGGAGGAAGCUGAGAAGCUGAAACUCGAGGAAGAGGAACGGAAGAAGAAGGAGGAAGCUGAGAAGCUGAAACUCGAAGAGGAAGAUCGUAAGAAGAAGGAGGAAGCUGAGAAGCUGAAAUUCGAAGAGGAAGAGCGUAAGAAGAAGGAGGAAGCUGAGAAGCUGAAACUCGAGGAAGAGGAACGUAAGAAGAAGGAGGAAGCUGAAAAACUGAAACUCGAAGAGGAAGAGCGUAAGAAGAAAGAGGAAGCUGAGAAGCUGAAACUCGAAGAGGAAGAGCGUAAGAAGAAGGAGGAAGCUGAAAAACUGAAACUCGAAGAGGAAGAGCGUAAGAAGAAGGAGGAAGCUGAGAAGCUGAAACUCGAAGAGGAAGAGCGUAAGAAGAAGGAGGAAGCUGAGAAGCUGAAACUCGAGGAAGAGGAACGUAAGAAGAAGGAGGAAGCUGAGAAGCUUAAACUCGAGGAAGAGGAACGUAAGAAGAAGGAGGAAGUUGAGAAACUGAAACUCGAGGAGGAGGAACGUAGAAAGAAGGAAGAAGCUGAAAAACUGAAACUCGAAGAGGAAGAGCGUAAGAAGAAGGAGGAAGCUGAGAAGCUGAAACUCGAGGAUGAGGAACGUAAGAAGAAGGAGGAAGCUGAGAAGCUGAAACUCGAGGAAGAGGAACGUAAGAAGAAGGAGGAUGCUGAGAAGCUGAAACUCGAAGAGGAAGAGCGUAAGAAGAAGGAGGAAGCUGAGAAGCUGAAAUUCGAAGAGGAAGAGCGUAAGAAGAAGGAGGAAGUGGAGAAACUGAAACUCGAGGAGGAGGAACGUAGAAAGAAGGAAGAAGCUGAAAAACUGAAACUCGAAGAGGAAGAGCGUAAGAAGAAGGAGGAUGCUGAGAAGCUGAAACUCGAGGAUGUGGAACGUAAGAAGAAGGAGGAAGCUGAGAAGCUGAAACUCGAAGAGGAAGAGCGUAAGAAGAAGGAGGAAGCUGAGAAGCUGAAAUUCGAAGAGGAAGAGCGUAAGAAGAAGGAGGAAGUGGAGAAACUGAAACUCGAGGAGGAGGAACGUAGAAAGAAGGAAGAAGCUGAAAAACUGAAACUCGAAGAGGAAGAGCGUAAGAAGAAGGAGGAUGCUGAGAAGCUGAAACUCGAGGAUGUGGAACGUAAGAAGAAGGAAGAAGCUGAGAAGCUGAAACUCGAAGAGGAAGAGCGUAAGAAGAAGGAGGAAGUUGAGAAACAGAAACUUGAAGAAGAAGAAGAACGUAAAAAGAAAGAAGAUGAUGAGAAAUUGAAACUCGCAGAAGAGAAACGGAAAAAGAAGGAAGAAGCUGAGAAACUGAAGCUCAAGGAGAAGGAGCGUGGAAAGAAGGAGGAAGGUGAAAAACUGAAUAACGAGGAGGUAGAACGUAAAAAGAAAGAUGAUGAAAAUGAGCUGAUUCAUGGGGAGGAAGAGAGAAAGAAGGUGGAAAUGAAGCAGAUAGAAAGGCAAAUAGAGGGCGAAGGUAAGAUGAAGUCGAAGGAUGAACGGAUGAGAUUGGAACACGGAAUGAAUGAUGAGGAAGAAAAAAUAAUGGAAAGUGGAGAAGAUGAGAGAAGGCGGAAACGUAAGGAACGUAGAAUGGCCGAAGAGGAAGAGAUGUUACGAAGAGAAGAAGCUGAAAGAUUAAGAUCGGAAGAGGAGCGAAGGAAAAGGAAGGAAGAAGCGGAGCAAAGUAGAAAGGAUCGAGAAGAAAGAUUAAAGAUGCAAGAGAUGGAACGUUUGGAACGUAAAAGAGCCGAAGAACGACAGAGAAAGGAAGAUUUUGGACGUAUGAGAAAGGAAGAGGAAGAAAGAACGAAUAGAAGGGAUAAGGAGAGACAAGCUAGACGCGAGGAAAGUGCGAGAUUGCUCAAGGAGGAAGAGAAUCGAUUGAGACGGAGACACGAGGAGGAAUUAUCCGCGAUAAAUAAAAGACGACGAGAUAGGGCGAGGGAUGAGAAUUGGUCGAGACUAAGGGAGAACGAAUCUGAUAGAUUUUUGAAAAGCUUAGACGACGUAAGAAGUAGGAGUAGCAGAUUAUCGAGAAUCUCUCCCGAUCGAAGAAGCAGAUCUUAUCGCGUUGAUUCUGAGUUACAAUUAGACUCGACUCUUUCGGACUCAUCCAGAUCGUACAGUUGGCGAGAAUCUCUUGCUUCCUCUGGUAGAAGAAGCAUCGACGAUUACAUGGACUACAAAUUACACGAGAGCUCGUUAAACAGAUCUCUGUACGACAUUGGGUCUUAUUAUGGAACAAGAAGACGAAGAGAAGAACGCAUCAACAGAGCAAGGUCGAUCAGCUUGUUAAAAUACGACGAGUAUUACAUGGGCGACACCGAUUCUACCAUUUCUUAUAGCUCAUCGAGUAAGCCUCCUAGAUGUGGUAGAAUAAAGAUUCCUUCUCACAUCGAGUAUGAUGAUCUCGAUACGAUUAGUUUUGAUAGUAUCAUGCGAGAUAAAGGAAAGAAACCGUCGUUCUGUACACGACUUACAAACAGAACGGUGGGCGAAGGUAUGAGAACGAGAUUAACGUGCACCGUUUUGGGAAACCCCGAACCACGCGUUUACUGGAGAAAGGAUGGCCAAGAAUUAUCUCCUACGUCGAAUAAAUAUCAAACACGAUUCGACAAUGGCAUGGCUUAUUUUGAAUUGAAGGAAGCUCACGUUGAGGACUCCGGCGUAUAUACCUGUAUCGCUGAAAAUAUUCACGGAUCCGCGUCGACCGAGUCAACUUUAAAAGUCUACAGAGACUUUGUGCAACCAUUAUCACCGCCGACAUUUACGAAAUCCAUCAAAGACACAUAUCGGCAUUCUAAUCACGAAUUGGUGUUAGAAUGUCGAGUCCGUGGAUAUCCAUGCCCUACGAUUUCCUGGUUGAAGGAUGGAAAAGUUCUCGACGAUGGUAGAUAUACUCGAAAGUAUUUGGACGAUGGUAUUCAUCGAUUGGAAAUAUCGAAUCCCGAUACUUCGGACAGUGGACGUUACGUUUGCAGGGCAACGAACGAAAUGCAAUCCACUGAAAUGUCGCAUAUUGUACACUUUGAAGGACGAGAUCAGAGAUCUGCUCGUAAACGUGGCCGGAUCGACGACGUCGUCGAAGUGUCGAGGAGGCCACGCUUUUCGAAUUUCUUAAGCGACCACAGUGUACCUACCGGUGGUACUAUUGCUCUUCAAGUCGAAGUCAAAGGAAUGCCAGCGCCGGAAGUUAGAUGGUUGCACGGAGAACGAAAAGAACCGAUUUCAAUAUCAAAAGCAAAGACCUUCGCAGAAUCUGGCGUACAUACUCUGAUUGUCCCUGAAGCGACCGAAUCUGAAAGAGGUACCUACAUCUGCAGAGCGGUGAACGCUUACGGAUACGUUGAUACAGCUGCUACGAUCGAAAUAAUAUCACCUGGGGCGAUCGAUGGUGGAAAACCGGCAAUGUUCGUCUCUAGACCUUCGGAAAAAUCAAUCGCUGUGGCUAUCGGGGAAGACGUCAGUGUAUCUUUCAGGAUCACCGGUGUUCCGAAACCUCGAGUAACAUGGAUGAAAGGUAUAAAAGAUAUUACGGAUGGUCCGCGAUCGUACAAAGAAGGUAUCGAUGACUACGUUAGAUUGACUUUGAAAAGAGCGAUACCAUCCGACGAAGGUACUUAUUGCAUUUUGGUGAAGAAUCGAUAUGGAUGCGAUAGGAGUUUCUUCUCGAUCUGGAUUAAGCAAAGAGCGAGAUCUCUAACACCGUUACCCGGCGACUGGGGUCGCUCUGACGCAGGAAGCAUUCAAAACGAGGAUGAAUUGUCUUACGUUAAAGAUGUCCCUGGACCAAUCAGCAGCGAGCCAGUUGUCGUCGAUGGUGGAAGAAAUUGGUUGUCCUUGAGUUGGGGCAAGGCCGAGAGGAGAGGACCAGCUCCGGUCAUCGCCUAUAAGGUUGACGCAUGGUUGAUGGGUGGGGACGGUGGUGCUCGUUGGGUCGAGCUGGGCAUCACACCGAUAAACGCCAUAGAUGCGUUCAAUCUUCGUCCAGGCGGAGAAUACAGAUUUCGCGUAACCCCGCGAAAUCGAUAUGGAUGGGGCGAAUCCGUGACGACGUCGAAUUCCUUCACGGUCAGCCAAGUCGUUGAUCUUCCAGAAUUCAUCAAAAUUCUCCCUGGCCAAUUGAAGGCUCUUGAGGGCUCGACCAUCAAAUUGGAAUGCGAGAUUCGUGGAGAACCAAAUAUAAAUAUCAAAUGGUAUCGCGAAACGGCCGAGAUUGAUCCUAACAACGAUUCGCGAUAUUCCAUCGGUAGGAGAGGUUUAAGGUCCUCUCUUACCAUAGAUACGAUAAAGGAAGAUGAUUCAGGCAGAUAUAUUUGCGAGGCAUCGAAUAAAGUUGGUAAAGUGUCAUCUUUCGCUAGAGUACUCGUCGUUACCGAUCCGAAGAUCAUCGAAGCGGAUGAAAAACUUAGAUCUAGAAUUUUGGGAGAUGAGCGAGAAGAAAGGCCACCGCAGUUCGCCAUGAGAUUACGAGAUAGACGGGUUCAGGUUACCUAUCCCGUACGCUUAACGUGCCAAAUUAUGGGUUAUCCUGCUCCCGAGAUAACUUGGUUUAAAAACGCCGUUGAAAUUAUUCAAGACGAACGUCACGUCUUUUGGGACGACGAUUCCAACUUUCAUACUCUAGAGAUAAUUCAUUCGACGCUCGAGGACUCCGGAUGUUACAUGGUGACGGCAAAAAAUAUCCACGGUUCGGUGUCCUGUCGAUCCAUCCUCGUAGUCGAUAAAGGAAUUCGUGCUUACGUUGCCCCUGAAUUUCUUUAUGGCCUGGAUGCAGUCUAUGCUGUAAGAUUAAAUGACGAAUUACGAAUGUCAGCUCAGAUCGAGGCUUAUCCUAGCGUGGGUGUAGUAUGGCACCGCGAUGGAUUGCGUCUUCGACCUAGUAGAAGAACUAUCAUGACCUUGAGCCACGACGGUACAGUCGAAUUAUCUUUGGCCAAAGUUACGAGCAGGGACGCUGGUGUUUACAGUUGUACAGCCGUCAACGAAGUUGGCCGUGCUGAGACAUCAACGAGAGUCAACGUUAUCGUCGGAAGCGACGAAGCGAACGACAAGCAAAUUGAAUCUCUUAUCGAAGGAUUGCCAACGGUGACCAUUGCUUCUCCCGAUGUGCCAUAUUCGAAGGAGCCGCUAUUCGUUACGAAACCUUUAUCAACCGAGGCCCUCGAAGGAGAUACGGUCAUUAUACUUUGCGAGGUCGUUGGUGAUCCUAAACCGGAAGUUAUCUGGUUGCGCGAUUUUCUCAAGCCCGAUUAUUAUAGGGACGCGCCUCAUUUUCGAUUGGUGGAUAACGGUCCUCAAUACAGACUGGAAAUACCUCACGCGAAGCUCGACUUUACCGGAACGUAUUCGGUGAUCGCUCGAAAUUGUCAUGGAGAAGCGAAAGCCAUAAUUUCUUUGCAAAUAUAUGCUAAAGGUCAAGGUAAGGAAACGACGAAGAUGAAGAAGUCGCCGAUUACGCACGGGAAGGUGCUCACCUUGCCUAUGGUAACGAGGGAACUCAGAGAUAUAAGAUGUUGCGACGGUGACGCUGUCACUUUGGAGUGUAAAUUUCUUGCCACGCCCGAACAACCCAACGUUCGUUGGGAGAAGGGUGGAAAGAUAAUAACGAUGGGUAACGAUUUUACGAGUGAAUUCGAUGGCGAAGUAGCACGGCUAAGCAUCCAACACGUAUAUCCCGAGGACGAGGGAGAGUACACGUGUGUCGCUUACAACGAACUUGGGAAGGCAUUCACGUCGGCUUGUCUCGUCGUUGAUGUUCCCGAGGGCAAAGAAAACGUACUGAGCGAAAGAUUAACACGACCGGUCGGCCUACUAUCGGCAGGAUCAACGCCUCGAUCAACUCCACGAUCUACGCCUAUAAGAAGUUUGUCUCCUGCAGUUUCCCACGGCCGCGAACUCAGGUCUCCUCAAUUUCCGGCACGACGCGGUUCAACGAUAAAACGACCAAAGAUCAGUCCACCGAAAUUUUACUCCGUACCGCACAAUCGAGUGGUCGAAGAAGGUGAAACCGUGCGUUUCCAAUGUGCCGUCGUCGGUCAUCCAACGCCCUGGCUGAAGUGGGACAAAAAUGGAAUCGUUGUCACGCCGACCACGAGAAUUUCCAUCGUAGAAAAGGACGACGUGAAGGUCCUAGAGAUCGGGGAGGUUACGCAAGAGGAUGCUGGCCUUUACAGAGUUACCUUGGAAAACGAUUUUGGUAGAAUCGAGGCUAGUGCUCGACUCGAAGUGAUAAAUCGGCAUGGAUCUUACGGGCGAACUAUAAGAACUAGAAGUGCCUCUCCGAGGAUUCAUCCUUCCUUUUCUCGAAGUCUUCUCGAUACGACUACGAGAACGGACGGCCGUUUGCGCCUGCAAUGUGGCCUAAGAGGGAUCCCUAGUCCAACGCCAACCUGGUAUAGGAAUGGACGACCUUUGCCUCGUUCGAAUAGAAUAAAGAGACACUUUGACGGUAAAACCGCGAAAAUCGAAAUUACGAAAGUAAAAGCGAGCGACUCGGGCGAAUAUGCCUGCGUGGCAACGAACGUCCUUGGCUCAGCGAGGAACACUUGUCAGAUAACCGUACUCGAUCCACACGAUUCUUCAACUUUGGACAAAGAACCACCGACAUUCUUGCAAUCGCUUCCCAAAGAGUCCAUCGUUAUGGAAGGAAAUUCAUAUGAACUUCGUGCCAGACUAGCUGGUACUCCCCCGUUCUCGAUCAAUUGGUCGAAAGAUAAACGCGAGAUACCCGACGACGAUCGUCAUAAUUACGUUUCGCAUAGCGAUGGAGGAAUCGCCCUAAGACUCUGCGAUGUCCAUCCACGAGACGCCGGAGAUUACGCUUGCGUCGUUCGAAACGAAUUCGGAGAAACGUCCUGUAGCGGUCUCCUUGCUGUUCAAGAUUAUAAGGCUAUAUAUCCUAAUCUCGCGCCACGGUUUACCAAAACGCCGCUAACUCAAAUCGUCUCGAAGGGCGAGACCGCGUGUUUCUGUGCACGAGUACAGUGCGAAAAGUCAAUGGACUUUUUUUGGACCGUUAAUGGAAAAGACGUCAGGGAUAACGCUAGAUGCAAGAUCGAGGUAGACGAAAAUGUCAGCAUUUUGAAGAUACGCGACGUCUCCUCGCGAGACGCGGGUGAAAUUCGUUGUACAGCUUCUGUCCUUGGAAAUGGUCCAUCGAUCUGCUGUACGACGGAACUGCAAUUGAACCGAAUUUCGUGUAUCUCCGAGGGCCGCACUUCGAAUUCGAAGAAAGAACAAAAGAUAUCUUAUAACCGUGAAAAAUCACCGUCUCCAUCGUUAUUUAAUCGUACGCCCGAUUCCAAACUCUUUCAGACUCUUUCGAGCUCAUUUAGAAGAUCCAAGAAGGAACAGCAUUUAGUUUCGACGAAUGGCUCCUGUCAAAAGGAAGAAAAAUUCAAACGCACGAGAUCGUCCUCGCUUCCUUUAAGAAAGAAAUCGUCGAGCCCCCAACGGCUCUCUCCAUUGCCGAAGAAGAAAAAUGCCGUUCCUCCGACGGAUCUGCAUAUCUCGAAGACGAAGAAAGACAAAUCGAAUGAGACAGAUAUAAUACCAUUUACGUGCACAGAACGAUCUCUAUUAACAUCGAGAACGGAUAACGAAUCUAAAGAGCCCGAUGACGAAUCGUCCAACAAAUUGGACAAAUUUGUAGCGGCUAUGAUCGUUAAAGCCCCCAACGACGUAAAAGUCUUCAGAGGUAACAAGCUCGUUCUCAGGAUUACCUAUCGUGGCCAUCCCGAGCCAUUGGUCAAAUGGUUUCGCGCGGGUCGAGAGUUAACGUCCGAGGAAAAAAUUGGAAUUACCUACGGUGCUGGUGUCUCUCAUUUAACGUUGGACAAUAUAACGGCGGAUAAUGCUGGAAAGUACGAAGUGUCGGUGGAAAAUUUAUUAGCACGGGAUCGACAAUUUUUUAGUCUCGCCGUUGAAGGACCACCGGAUCCACCGACGGGUAUUCCAAGUGUAACGCGUUCGAAGAAUUCGGUAACGAUUGCUUGGAGAUCACCGGCUUACGACGGUGGUUGUACGAUAACCGGUUAUACGAUCGAGAUGAAUAGACGAGAAGAAAACUCCUGGACGGUCAUCGCUGAAUCCUGUCAUUCUCUUAGUCAUACGGUGCUCGCAUCGUCAAAGAAUUCUGAAAUCGUCCCUGGUGAAAGUUACCGUUUCAGGGUCAGGGGGGAAAAUAUUCAUGGGGUCGGUGAACCCAGUGCCCAAUCGGAACUCGUUAGGAUACCUCGGGAAGGAGAAACGAUUUUACAGAACGAGGAAGAGGAAGAAUUUGUAGCAGCUUUCGAAGCUCGCACGGUUCAUGCGGAGGACUCGCAAUUAUUCGUCGAUAGAUACGACGUCUUCGAGGAGCUCGGUAAAGGCCGCUAUGGCGUCGUUAAAAGGGUCGUCGAAAAGUCAUCGAAUGAAAGUUUCGCCGCGAAAUUCGUUAGAACGAUCAAGAGCAAGGAUCGCGAACAAGUUCGCGAGGAAAUAAAUAUUAUGAAUAUGCUCAGACAUCCGAAGCUUCUACUUCUAGCAGCCGCCUUCGAAGGCCCCCGAGAAAUUAUAAUGAUCACUGAAUACAUUUCCGGUGGCGAGCUUUUCGAACGAGUUGUGGCGGAUGAUUUUACUCUGACCGAACGGGACAGCAUGCUUUUUAUGAGACAAAUUUGCGAGGGCGUCGAGUACAUGCAUCAAAAUAAUGUCGUCCAUUUAGACCUGAAGCCAGAAAACAUAAUGUGCCGAACGCGUACUUCCCAUAAAAUCAAGCUCAUCGAUUUUGGAUUAGCCCAAACCCUUAAACCGGACACACCGAUAAGAGUUUUGUUCGGUACGCCAGAGUUCAUACCACCUGAGAUCAUAAGUUACGAACCAAUUGGGACCGAGUCGGAUAUGUGGAGCGUCGGCGUUAUCUGUUAUGUACUAUUAACGGGACUAUCGCCUUUUAUGGGUGACAACGAUGCCGAGACGUUCGCGAAUAUAACGAGAGCCGAUUAUGAUUUGGACGAUGAAGCUUUCGAUGCUAUUUCGAAUAACGCUAAAGACUUUAUCACUGGUUUACUCGUUAAACGAAAAGAAUCGCGCAUGUCGUCAAGGCAAUGUCUGGAACACCCGUGGAUGGCACAACAUGCUGAAAGUAUGAGCAGAGUGGCAUUACCAACGGACAAGUUAAAGAAAUUUAUCGUACGUAGAAAGUGGCAGAAAACAGGAAAUGCCAUUCGUGCGCUAGGAAGAAUGGCGAUUCUUUCGGCGAACAGUAGGAAAAGUCCAACGAGGACGACGGAGACGUACGAUUCGACCAACAAUACGGAUAAGUGCGUUAUUAAUGAAGGAGACAAAUUUUUCGAGUCUUCGGCGUGUACGGAAGGAAACGAUAAGAAUGAUACGAUGACCGAUCUAGAAGAUGAUAAUUCGAAUUGUUCGUUCGAACUCGAGGGGAGUUCCAGACGAAAAACUAGCCUGUACUCGUUUUGUUACAAAACGGAAGUAAAUAUUUCAUUGGAAGAAGAAUCGGACGGUAAAGUGUAUAAAGACGAGGACGAGGACGAGGAAAUGUCAUCUGCGAUCGAUAACAUAUAUUUGGAAAGUACGAGAGAAAGCGAACUGGCGGUGGAAGAAAAUCAUGAGAAUAUCGGGGAACAAGACUUGACGAAUGUAGAAAGGAAAUCAUCGGGAAUCGACAUAGAUUCCGUAUCUAGUAGAUUUCAAAAUCAACGACGAGUGUUUCGAGGUGACUCACGUGAUUCCGGAAUCGCCGAUUGCAGUUCGAAUUUAGCUACUUCGUCAUUGCAAUUAGACGAGUUGGGAAUCGUUUCGAUCAUCGAGGAGGAAACGGACAACGAGACUAGUUCGAAAUCUUCGAGAGACGAUACAGGGAGUACCGAAGCUACCUCGCAAAGUAAAAACCUAAAAAUUAAAGCUUCGCGUGAGACUAAUCCCGUCCAAGAAGAUGCCAAUAAAAAUCAGGAUGCAAGGAUGAUCGUUGCUCGGAAUCGAGAAAAAUUCGUUCCUACGGGGAACGUCAGUCGUACAGCAAAGAUGUUUGAACAGGAGGCAGAAUCCUUAAAAUCAUCGGCACCCUCUCAAAUUCAUAUUGUACAUCGCGCCUAUCCGGCAACAACGAUGGCCACUGGUGGUAAACCGCACAACGAGAGGAUACAAAGAGUUUUUGCCUUUUGGAAUAAAUAAGAAGACUUUUGUAGUUGUCUCCUUUUUUUUCUUUCUUUUUUUUUUUUUUUUAUCGAUGAGAUAUAUGAACUUUUUUCGACAAUUGACGGCACUGUAUUUAAUUUUUUCAUUUCAUCGUCUACUUACACACGCACGCACAAACACACAAUUAUAAUCGAAUACAAGUGUUAUGCGAAUAAGAAUUUUCUUAAGAUAUUAGUCCAGUUUCUUCGAGAAGAGGGAACAAUGGAAGAGCUAUCGUGUCUCUAAUAUUAGUGUAGAUACUUUUAGCGAGAAAUAAAAUUGAUUCAAGUGUUGUUAUAAUCGGUGUGUGUGUAUAUGCACACACACACGCGCACACGCACACGCACACACAUAUACAUAUAUCGCCUUCUUGUAUAAAGAGAAUUAGAGAUACCUAAAUAUAUUAUAAUUUUACAACGAUCCGACGAUAAAAUGAUAAAAUAUGAAAUAAAAGAGUAAGACAGAAAUACAAUUACAACACGUUAUGGGAAAGAAAA